AUGAUGGAAUGGUUGAAGAAGUGGAUGAAACACUUGUUUUCAAAGAAAUUCCGGGUGUUCGUGAAGGACUACUGCAGGCGCAACGGCCUGCUGACGCUCUCGGUUUUUGCUGUAGUGACGGGCUGUGCGCUUGGAUUCAGCCUGAGAUCGCUCAACCUGUCCACACAGGCUAAGAUCUACUUCUCCUUCCCCGGAGAACUGCUGAUGAGGAUGUUAAAGAUGUUGAUUCUGCCGCUCAUCACCUCCAGUCUUAUGUCUGGCCUGUCUGCCAUGGACACAAGGGCAAGUGGUCGACUGGGCGUCCUGACCAUCACUUACUACCUGUGGACCACCUUCAUCGCUGUCAUCGUCGGCAUCGUACUGGUGCUCAUCAUCCAUCCGGGGACUGGCUCGGAGAAAGAGGGCCACCAUUCACAUUCAGGGCCUGUUAUGACCUCAGCUGACGCUCUGCUGGACCUCAUCAGGAACAUGAUCCCGUCAAAUCUAAUCGAAGCAACGUUUCAGCAGUACCGAACGGACUUGGUACCCAUAGUACUGAACAUCGAUGAAAAAGACUCUCAAGCCAACUAUGUGUAUGUCAUGCCCGACUACCACAACCCUCAACUGGGCCACCCAGUCUUCCUGGAGAUUACCCCGGCUCCCGACAUCAAGUAUAAAAUCGUCCCCAGCACCAGCAAGGGCAUGAACGUACUGGGGAUCGUUAUCUUCUCGGCCACCAUGGGACUGCUGCUGGGCAAGAUGGGAGAACGUGGAGCGCCGCUGGUCAACGUGUGCCAGUGCAUAAACGAGUGCGUCAUGAAGAUUAUUAAUGCUGCUAUGUGGUACUUCCCCUUUGGUAUUGUGUUCCUUGUGGCGGGGAAGAUCCUGGAUAUGCACGAUCCAGCUCACCUGGGAGAGAAGCUGGGCAUGUACUUCAUCACGGUGCUGUCUGGUUUGUUUGUGCACGGCCUCAUCCUACUGCCGCUCUUCUACUAUUUCUUCACUCGUAAAAACCCCUUCCCCUUCAUCAGAGGGUUGCUGCAAGCUCUUGUCAUUGCACUGGCCACGUCAUCAAGGUAGGAGGGAUUCCAGUUCAGUCUUUUUAAGCGACAUCCUACCAUUUGGCACCGCUCAUAUUUGGUACUACAGUUGACCGAGUACCCCGGCCCGACCAUCUCCUCUUGUUCUCUCCCUUUCAGCUCAGCUACGUUGCCCAUCACCAUGAAGUGUCUUCUGGAGAACUGUGGAGUGGACCGGCAGAUUGCUCGCUUCGUGCUGCCAGUGGGAGCUACCAUCAACAUGGAUGGGACGGCCCUGUACGAGGCAGUGGCGGCCAUCUUUAUCGCUCAGGUCAAUGAGUACGACUUGGACUUUGGCCAGCUGGUCACCAUCAGUAUUACGGCCACGGCAGCUAGCAUCGGGGCAGCUGGGAUACCUCAAGCUGGUCUGGUUACCAUGGUUAUUGUCCUGACCUCAGUGGGGCUGCCGCCCGCUGACAUCUCACUGAUUGUGGCCAUCGACUGGGUUCUUGACCGGUUCCGGACGAUGAUCAAUGUUCUUGGCGACGCCUUGGCUGCUGGGAUUAUGGCUCAUUUAUGUAAGAAGGACUUUGAGAAGGCCGCCCGUACUACUGCGAAUUCUAGUCCUGCUGAAGACAAUAAUGGAGGUGGCCCCAACCGGAGAGACACAGUUAUCUCCUUUGGCAAUCAGAGCGUAGUGUCUGAUGCACCUUUGAUCACACAUCGCUGCGAUUACGUGUAUGAGGUGGAUGGAGAAAGCGUCCUGGAGAGACCUUUGGCCGGCUACAACCUCUGCCAAGUUUAAGACACCCUAACGGGACGGACAUUGAGGGUCACUGCCUUCUAACGCACUCAAGACUCGCCUCUUUGGAUUGAAGAGACCAUCAUCUGAUGCCUGAAAAAAAAGUCUGUUUUGGUUAAAAUCCUGCUGUUUUUCUGUUGUCAAAUAGACCACAGAUUUUGCAAUGUGUUGUCAGGGUUUUAGCGGCUUGACUGUAUUUUGCAUGUGCCAUGCUGAAACCAAAGAAAACUUGAUAACUCGCAUAAACGCAUUAAGUUUCACAUAUAACCUAAAUCUUAAACAGACACUGCAUGCACCUGAAGAAAUCCAAUGACUUAUAAUAGAUGGAUUUUAGUGUUUAUCAGUCAGCGGUGACGCUUUAAGACAUUCAUAUACCUGUUCCUAACGCAGUUUGAUCAGGGUUUUGAGUUGCCUUAAAAUGAUCUUGGUUUUUGACUAAUUCUGAGAACCUGAAAGACUUGAACGUAAACAAAAACUAGGAUAAGGAGCAAAUGUAUUUUGUUUAAGUGAACCUUUAUGUUAUGACUACGUAUUUACGAAUAUUUAUUAAGCAAACUUAGUAUAUUUCAAUAAUUCUAGGAAGAUGAUCAUUGGUUUUUAUACAUAUGCUUUGAAUUCAUUUUCUAAUAAAAACUUGCUGCACUCCAAGACCCGUCAAUGGGUUGUUUUCUUCUGGACUUAAAUGUGCAAAAGCAAGGGGGUUUGAACUCUACUGAGUAAGCGGAGUGGGUAAUUUAUAGACUUUCCAAAGGCAGUGGCUGCUUUUACCAGAAGGCAUGCAGAAUGGUUCUGGAAAGGUUACUCAUUUGCCGAUAGAAGAAAGCAGCAUGUGGCAUUCAAACAAUGCUCUUCAUCGUUUUGCAAGGACAAGCCAUAAAAUCUUUAAAAUGUUCUUUCCAAAAUGAUUUUAACAAAUUGUUUGAGGCCAACUUCUUGAUUCAUCUAGGAGAACUUUAUCCUCCAUACAAAAUUAUAACCUGGUGGAAUGUAAAUGAAAGGAGCUACUAAAGUGCUGUGGAAAAUCUACCUUGUGUUCAUAGUGUCAGUUAAGAGUAAAUAUGCAGACAUGUCAACCCCACCUGGUCCCAGAUGGUAACGAGUGAUUUGUGAAGGACGCUAAUGUUCUCAGAUGGUUUCUCUCACUUUAUGUGCAUUAGCUUGCUGAGAAGUAAAACAGGAAAUACA